AUGAGGGGGUCCGGCAAGGGCGGCGGGCGGCGGAGCAUGGGCGCUGGGCGUUGUGGACGCGGGGCUGGCGAGCGGCCAAGGCGAGGCGGUAGCAGCUGCGGGGCACCUGGUCGUCGCGGGUCGAGCGGGCUGAGCGAGGGCGGCGUUGGGGCGGAGGAGAGCGGGGCGGCCGGGACUCCGGUGCUGCGCAGAUCGGCGACGGGCGGCGCGAGCUUCGAGCACCGUCGUCGGAGUUCGGGGCGUACGGCCCACUGGUGCGGGCGCGGCGGCCGAGUCGGUGGGCAACGAGCGGACCGAAGCGGCGUCGGGGUCGUCGCGUGGUGUGGGCGGAGUCGGCGAGCGAGGCACCUCGGCAGCGGGGGCUCGGCGAGGAGCUCGGAACUUCGGCGGGUGCUGCGGCUUCCGGCGUCCUAUCGCAGCAGCGGUGAUACUCGGAGAUGGCGAGCGGGGCAGAAGCAGGAGCUCGGCUGCAGAUCUCGUGGGUGA